AUGAAUGGAGAAUCAGAAUUAAGAGGUCGACCUUAUCGAUCGCACCUUCAUCCAGCCUGUUUUGCUUGCAAGAAGCGCAAAUCCCGUUGCAAGACACGCAGCCAUGCGGAGGGAUGCAUGAUGUGUCAGGCCUAUGGCACAGAAUGUAUAUUUCCCCGCGCAGAUAAUGGUUAUAUACCGCGGAAAUUGCCAGGCAAUGCGUGCGGUCGAAUCGCAAAAAACAAGAGCGUUCCUCGUACUCGUCCUGGUCCGACAACUCCACAACUCAUUCCAGACCCCGCAGAGCGUGGUGACGAUUUCAUCGAGAUAGAUGACCCACAAACACAGGCUGGUGUUCUGCAGGACUUCUACCGUAUUCCGACUGGCGUGAGUCGGAGGGAAGAUCAUCAGAAUGAGAGAGCUGAGGGUCUGCCUCAUCUUGCGGGCAUUGUCCCAGAAGCCGAGGACGAUAGUUCUCAUAUUGUCAGUCCUGCAAUUGCAGAUGAUAAUGAUGUCCUAGAGAGCUACUUAUCUGCCAUUCCGGCUGCCCGGAGACAUCUUUCAAGAAUCGGACCAUCAUUGAAGCGAUCUAUCAGGCCUGUUCGAUUUAAUGUCGUGCCUAGAAGACCUCUGGGUGUCACUGUUAACCAGUCCCUUGCAGCCGCUAAAUGCGAAGUGAUAGAGAAGUACAUUGACCCUGACAUUGAUGAGUACUUGAACUUAUUUUUUCAGAAGGCUAAUCCAUGCUUUCCAAUAUUCGAUGAGGCUUUGUUUAGAAGUACAUACUCUUCUGAAAAGGGUCGAAUGUCCCCUGCAUUGCUUUGCAGCUUAUAUGCCAAUUCUCUUGUCUAUUGGAAAAGCUCUCCAAAACUGCGCUCAGGUCGUGCUCCUGAUAUUCGAUUUCUCUGGAAUCAGGCCAAUGAAGCACUACACUCAGAACUUUUUCUUUCUCCUGGCAUCUCCACUGUGAUGUCUAUUCUCUUAAAUGUGUGCGGCAGACCAAGUACCUCCAUGUUCGGCAAUGGCGGGAUGGUGGGAACUGCGGUUGCACUAUCGAAUGCCCUCGGUCUAAACCGAGACCCUUCGGGCUGGAGUAUAUCCCCUCUAGAGAGGAGUCUUCGAAUCAGAAUAUGGUGGCUUGUUGUUGUUCAUGACCGGUGGUGCAGCCUGGCAUAUGGAACGCCAUUACAAGUUCAUCGGUCACAAUAUGACGUGCCGUUACCCUCGGUAGCUGAUCUGUGUCAAGCCUCUGCCUCCCCGUAUGAGACAGAAGCGGCUUCGAUAUUUGUCGCAUUCGUUAGCUUAACCGAUGUGUUAGCUCGAUACUUGGAAUACGUUUAUUGCGUAUCAAAAGACUCUAAUACAUCAGAGCUAUCCCCAACAGACCUUGAACAUCUGAUCAACGACUGGGAAGAAUCCUUGGAUGACGAUAUCCGUCUUCUUGUUCUUCGAGGAACGAAUCUUGGAGGCCCCGGGGCUGCGAAUCUUCGACUUGGCUAUCUGGCGAUCAAGUUGCUCCUUCGGCGGAUACAAUUGGAUCUCAACAAACCCGCUACACAAAACGAGGAUCGCGUUUCUCCAUUUUAUAUGCAAGCCCAACGAGCAGCCGAGGAUAUUGCGCACAUAAUACAAGAACUGGAUGAGCCCCAGCUUCGCGGAUUCUGGAUUCCCGUGCAUGCAUUCUCCAUUAACUCGACUAUGAUGUUUCUUCUGCGAAGUGGUCUUCGUAUGAGACAUCUUAAUCGAAAUACGCCGCUUCGAACUGCAAGGGACAUGAUUAGUACGCUACAAGCUCACAGUCAGAACUUUGGUUGGGAUCUGGCAGAUAAUUGUCUGGCUCAUUGUAGUGAUCUGGUCGAAAUAAUUGCCAUGAACAACCCACAAGUCAAUACUGACCAGAGUAUAUCAGAGUUUCCAUAUUUCUCUGAUGACUUGGAGAUAGAUCUUUCUGGUUUAGAUGAUCUCUUUCUAGGGAUAACUGGGUUUUCAGACGGAUUCAACCUCUAG